AUAAAACCAUUACUCACACGUAAAUAUAAAAAGAGAGAGAAAGGGUUUUCUUCUUUUUCUGAAUUCAUGUUGUGAAUUUUAAUCAAACCCUUCCUUCUCCUCCGAGUUAACUCGGAACGAGUCCUUUCCCCCUAAUACACACACAACUCGCACUUCUUCUUCUUCUUCUCCUUCUCCUUCUUCUUCUUCUUCUUCUUCUUCUUCCGAUUCGAUCCCCAAAUGGCAACAACAAUAAUCAUCAUCAUGUGAUUUAUUGUUCUUCCAUGUGGGGAUAAUGAUGAUGGCUUCAAUGUAGAAAACCAGCUAGAAUCUAUCUCCAUUUUGUUCAACUCUGGAUCUGUGCUGAUAUUUGGAUCAAAUUCCCUUCCAAUUAAUGAUUGUUGGGGAACAAGAGAUCCGUCCCUCAAAAUCGCCGUUGGCUUUGGAGUUCUUGGCAACUACUGCGAGGGAAGAAGCUUUCUUCCAUCGCCGCCAGCUCUGUCGCCGUCUGUGAAAACUGUCUGAUCUCAGCCGUCAACCACGGUUCAUGUCUAGUAAAUUGGACAGCCCAAUUCAAACCCAGAUGGCUGUGGCAGUGAUGAGGAGCCCUUUAAGCACGGAGUACCGUGGGGGGAACAAGAGCAUUGAAGGAGAGAAGCAACCUGCUGGGAGGAGAAGGGUUUUUGUGCAAACCGAUACCGGGUGUGUCUUGAGCAUGGAAUUGGAUCGAGGUGACAAUGCACAUACUGUGAAGAGGAGGCUGCAGGUUGCCCUUAAUGUGCCUACUGAACAGAGCUCACUAACAUUUGGGGAUUUGGUCUUGAAGAACGACCUUAGUGCUGUACGGAAGGAUUCACCCCUUCUUCUCACAAGGAAUCUUAUUCAUAGGAGCUCAUCCACACCGUGCUUGUCACCUACCGGACGUGAUAUGCAGCAAAGGGACAAGAGUGGGAUUAUUGAGAUAUUGGGGCAGUCAAAUCACCUUAAUAGGAUGAAAGAUAUGGUUAAAGACAUUGUGAAGGCAAUUAAGAUGGGGGCAGAUCCAAUUCCUGUUCAUAGUGGGCUUGGGGGUGCUUACUAUUUCCUGAAUAGCCGUGGUGAGAAUGCAGCAAUUGUGAAACCAACUGAUGAGGAGCCUUUUGCCCCAAACAAUCCGAAAGGUUUUGUUGGUAAAGCUCUUGGACAACCAGGUCUGAAGCGCUCGGUUCGGGUGGGGGAAACAGGGUUCAGGGAGGUUGCUGCUUAUCUUCUUGACUAUGAACAUUUUGCAAAUGUGCCUCCCACUGCCUUGGUGAAGAUAACUCACUCAAUUUUUAACGUCAAUGAUGGGGUCAAUGGGAACAACACACAAAGGAAAAAGCUGGUUAGCAAGAUUGCCUCUUUCCAGCAGUUCAUACCUCAUGACUAUGAUGCAAGCGACCACGGGACAUCAAGCUUCCCAGUCGCUGCUGUGCACCGUAUAGGGAUAUUAGACAUUAGGAUUCUUAACACAGAUAGGCAUGCUGGCAAUUUGUUAGUUAGAAAGCUUGGGAGUUUUGAUCAAGUAGAUUUAAUUCCCAUUGAUCAUGGUCUUUGCCUACCAGAAGCUUUGGAGGAUCCUUAUUUUGAAUGGAUUCAUUGGCCUCAGGCUUCAAUUCCUUUCUCUGAGGACGAACUAUCUUACAUUGCGAAGCUGGAUCCUGCUCAAGAUUGUGACAUGUUACGUGCUGAACUUCCCAUGAUCCGAGAGGCGUGUCUUCGGGUCUUAGUACUCUGCACCAUUUUCCUCAAGGAAGCAGCUGCUUUUGGUCUGUGUCUUGCUGAAAUUGGUGAGAUGAUGACUAGGGAAUUUCGCAGUGGUGAGGAGGAACCCAGUGAGUUGGAGGUUGUUUGUUUGGAGGCAAGGAAGAUGCUGGUGGAGAGGGAAGAACUGUCUCCCUCCCCGAGGACUGACUUGGGAGAAGACUACUUCCAGUUUGAUAUAGACUGUGAUGAAGCUGGGUCUGAUUUCAAUCCAAAGAUGGCCAUGGAUGAUCCUUUAACAAGAUCACCUAAACCCAUUUUUGGGAAUGGGUAUGCUCGCAGCCCCCUCUCAAAACUGGAUGAGAGCAUUGAAGAGGGAGAAGAGGGCAGUGAUGGCGAAUAUCCCGAAGGUCCUGCCAAUCCUACCCAUGAUGGAAAUAUCCCACCCGUUUCAAAACUUUCUGUGUCACUGAAGAACACCAUGCUAAGCGAGGCAAGCCAGAAACAUCAGACAUACUUUGGAGGGAAAUCCGAUACUGAUGCCUAUUUUGCAAAUACAUCAUCUGGUCAUAGGAGUGCCAAUGAGCAGCUUCCUGCAAGCAUAAGCUUUGUGAAGUUGGUUGAUAUGACUGAGGAUGAAUGGACUAUGUUUCUGGAGAAGUUUGUAGAUCUGCUGUAUCCGGCAUUUGCGAGGAGGAAAUCCAUAACCUUAGGUCAAAGACAGAGGCAGAGGCUUGGUACGUCGUGCCAGUUUUGAAGUUGAGCUUAUAUACUUUGUUCUGAUAGAGAGUGACUAUAGAAUGAAGAAUAAGGCUUUUAUAGGUUUUCCGGGAAUGAAGGGUUUGCUAGGAUAGUGUUAUGGUUUGAUGAUAUAUAUGGAUGAAGAGGAUGAGUGUUUUUAGUGUUUGGGAGUGAGGGUAGGAUGAAGAACUGAUGUAAAUAUGCUUGGUAUCAGCCAAGUGGUAGGCCAAGUAGAAUUGCUUGUAGUUUGAUCUUAUGAUUUCAUUUCUUCUUUUCUCCAAUCACUUUGUGUUGUCUGAUAAAUAAUAUGUAGGAUUAAAAUCUUGAAAUGAAGCUUAUGUAUAUAAUGAAAAAUGUCUUUCCCUUUUUGUUCUUAA